AUGCCUUCUCUCCGCUCAUGGAGGCUACCUGCCUCUUCCCUCUCAUCCUCUACUCGCUUAUCGACCUCUCGAACUCUGCCUCGACUUCGACCUCUAGCGAAUUUACAUGUCCGAGGGUACAAGGCGUCAAGUGGGAGACAACCGCAACCUCCCAGGGAUAUCAUGACGGGAGAGAUCGUAGCUCUCCCAGAUAUCGAUCCCUCUCUCGUAAAGAUUCAAGACAAUCCCAAACGCAAGACCCCACCCCCAUCUUCAAAAUUGGUCUUUGGAAGGACAUUUACAGAUCACAUGUUGACGAUCCCAUGGAGCAGUGCGAGUGGAUGGGGAACACCCGAGAUCAAGCCGUAUGGACCUCUGGUCCUUGACCCGUCGUGUACCGUCUUUCACUACGCUUUCACCACAUUUGAAGGUAUGAAAGCAUACAGGAAUGAAGAUGGCACGGUACGCCUGUUUCGACCGGACAAAAACAUGGCUCGAUUGAACAGGAGUGCCUCGCGUAUCGCUUUACCAGCCUUUGACGGCGAAGCUCUCUCUCAAUUGAUUCAGAAACUCGUCUUGAUGGACAGUGAAUGGAUUCCGAAAGAAAAGGGAUACUCGUUGUACAUCCGACCUACCAUGAUCGGCACGCAGAAUGCUCUUGGCGUCGGACCGUCUUCUGAUGCCCUGCUCUUCGUCAUCUGCUCUCCUGUCGGACCUUACUACGCCAGCGGCUUUAAACCUGUCCAACUCCUUGCAUCCACGAAAUACGUUCGCGCUGCUCCCGGCGGUACAGGGUCAUACAAGAUUGGUGCCAAUUAUGCCCCCGGAGUUGUCCCUCAAUCCGAAGCUGCAAAAGAGGGAUACAGUCAGAAUCUGUGGUUGUAUGGCGAUGAGCAUGAGAUCACCGAAGUCGGAACCAUGAACCUCUUCGUAUCGUUCAAGAAGCCCGAUGGCACUGUCGAACUCGCCACACCUCCCCUGGACGACAUUGUACUGCCAGGAGUGACAAGACUGAGUGUCCUCGAGCUAGCACGUGAGCACGUCAAAGGGAACAAGAUCCCUGGUCUGCCUGAGAAACUCGAGGUCAACGAACGGAGAAUGGUUAUGGCGGAGAUUGUUGAAGCGCAGAAGAACGGUACAUUGUUGGAAAUCUUUGGAACUGGAACAGCUGCGAUCGUUUCGGCGGUUGACAGAAUCGGCUUCCAAGGCAAGGAUAUCCCCAUUCCUGUUGGACCAGACGGCAUGGGGCCUAUCGCCAAGGCCGUCUUGGAUCGAGUAGUAGGCAUUCAGACCGGCGAAUUUGAGCAUGAGUGGAGUGUUAUUGCAAAAGACACUGUAGGGAAGAAGUAG